AUGGCCAAACUAUUUCAAGCACUGGUUGCAAAGGGCAUCAAGAUCGUCCCCGGCGACGUCGUCUCGCUGAAAGCCGCCGUCCAAGGCGCGGACGUCGUCUUCGCGACUACAGCUUUCAGCGACGCCUUCACGCUGAGGGAGUGGUGUUAUGAGCUCGAGGUGCAGCAGGGGAAGAACAUCGCUGAUGCGGUUGCGACGGUCGAGGGAUUGGAGGUGUUUAUCUGGAGUGGUUUGAGCGAUGCGGGGCUUGGGCUGUUUGUUACAUAUUGGAAGUGGGGACAGGGGGCGGUGCCACGGGAGAAGCGACCAGACAAUACGCUCGUCCUCCGUAUCCCAGGAAAAGGCAAUAUGUUGAUCCCUCUCCUCGUCCCUUCAAACGCCGGCGCCUUUGCUAAAGCACUUACUCUCGUCUCGCCUGGCAAGAAUCUGCUUGCGUUCGGUGAUCCGUUGACCUGGGAGGAGUACGUGGGGAUGUGGAGUCGCGUUACGGGUGUAAAGGCGAGUUUUGAGAGGAAGACCGUGGAGGAACAUGAUUCGUUUGCGCCGGGGGGUUACGGGGAGGAUAUUUUGGAGAUGGAUGGGAGUGUGGUCUUUCCGAAGGAUUUGGGGCUUGAGGUGGAGGCUACGAGGAUUGAGGACUAG